UGCUUUUGAAAACAGCUGUUCAUCAGGCCGCAUUUUCUAGUUCCAAUUUGCAUUUGCCUGCUUAGUUUUAUCAUUAUUAUUGUUUUUUUUUGUAUGAUUAUUAAGACAAGCAGCUGCUUAAUUGUCGUUUUUAAAACAGCUAAAGCGUUUAGCUAGGCGAACCGAUUAGAACUGAACGUGAUCAACAUGAAUUUCCUGCGCCAAACAUUCAACGUUACGAAACAAUUGACGAGCCAAGCACUGCAGAGCAACUAUGUGUCGGCUGCACUACGUGGCAUGGCCUCGUUGAACCAAAUGCAUCGCAGUGGACCUCACAUUAAGACGCGUCCGCCACGCCAGCCGCUGGAUGGGAAACCCUUUGCCAAGGGCGUGGUCCUCAAAACGCUGAUCAAGAAGCCGAAGAAACCGAAUUCGGCCAAUCGCAAAUGCGCGCUGGUGCGUUUAUCCACUGGCAAGGAGAUGGUCGCCUAUAUACCGGGCAUUGGACACAAUCUGCAGGAGCAUAAUAUUGUUCUAUGUCGCGUCGGUCGGCUGCAGGAUGUGCCCGGUGUCAAGCUGAAGGCGGUUCGUGGUGUCUACGACCUGGCGCAUGUCAUCAAGAAGGGUCAAUAAAUAUGCUAUGCUACCUAUAUGUAAUUCUUUUCUCUUCUAUAUAUAUGUAGCCUUUAUAAAUAGAGAUAGCCAAAAC